GAUAUAGAACGUCAUCGAUGAAAAUCUAAUUCUAUGUUGUCCCUGUCCUAGUCUUUUUUGAGGAAGAAGAAGAGAAGAGAAAAAAAACGUUUCACCAAACCCUAGCCCCUUUCUCAUCAUUAUCUUCUCUCGCUUGGUUAGCCGCAGAGUAGCGACGACGUCUCCUACGCUUCCGACGGUGUACUGCAGCAGCAUCCGACGGGACCAACAAUUUGAAUCGCUUUAUUCGUGCGACCCAUGCUCCGAUCGAUCUCAAUUCUUGACACCCACGACCUGACCGCUGCAGAUCUGCAAGUUUGAACACUGUUCAGCAAUCUCAAGCACGUUCUGUUACAAACAGUAGGUGGAAGCUAAUUACUGAGUGAGAGAUGUCGUACUUGCUGCCACAUCUUCAUUCAGGAUGGGCCGUUGACCAGGCAAUCCUCGCUGAAGAAGAACGUCUUGUGGUCAUUCGUUUUGGUCAUGAUUGGGAUGAGACUUGUAUGCAGAUGGAUGAAGUGUUGGCCUCAGUUGCAGAGACGAUUAAGAACUUUGCUGUGAUAUACCUUGUGGAUAUCACAGAGGUUCCUGAUUUCAACACAAUGUAUGAGCUGUAUGAUCCUUCCACAGUCAUGUUCUUCUUUAGGAACAAGCACAUAAUGAUUGAUCUUGGUACUGGAAACAACAAUAAGAUAAACUGGGCACUUAAGGAUAAGCAGGAGUUUAUCGAUAUCAUUGAAACAGUCUAUCGUGGAGCAAGGAAAGGACGCGGUUUAGUCAUUGCACCGAAGGACUAUUCAACCAAAUAUCGCUACUAAGAUUUCUGCUGCAUAUGCAAGUUCUCUUAUUGAUCUUGAAUACAAAAGAUUGCAUCUAGAAAAUAUGUAUUAUAUGACAUUGACCUCCUAAGAAGAAGUUAUGGUUUGUUCAGGAUGUCAUUUUGUGCUACAAAUGACUUCUUAACACAUAGACACCUCUGAAGAGGGUAUAUAACUGUUAUUGGCAUGAAGUCGAUUGAUCUAAUAAUGAAUAAGUUGUUUUUUCAAUCCA